AUGCAAUUCACAACCCUCGCCCUGUCUGCCCUGAGCAUCUGCUCUGCACUUGCACAAUCAGCAGGCAUAAAAGUCCACGUCGUCCGCGUCGGCGCCAUGAACGGGUCCCUCAUCUACUCCCCCGAUAACAUCAAGGCAGCCGUUGGCGAGAUGGUGCAGUUCCAGUUCGCGCCCAACAACCAUAGCGUGACGCAGUCGACCUUUGACCAGCCCUGCCAGCCCAUCGCCCCAGCCGGCUCCAGCGGCGCGGGAAUCUACUCGGGCUUCAUGCCCGUGUCGGCCAGCUCGACCACCACACCAACGUACACCGUCAUGAUCAAGGACCAGACGCCCAUGUGGCUGUACUGCUCGCAGGCCCAGCACUGCCAGGGCGGCAUGGUGAUGGUCAUCAAUGAGGACACGGCCGCCAACGCCUCGCGUACUCUGGAAAACUACAGGACGCUAGCGAAGGCAAGCACGGCCAGCGGGACUGCGGUUGGAGACCAGGCUGGCACCAACUCUACUUCCGGCACGGCGCCCGGCACGGGAACUGGAGCGGGAUCUCUGACCUCCACCCCCAUUGCAGCAUCGCAAACCGCGGCCGCGCCACACCUCGUCCGAGCCUCGAGUACCUUGGGACUGGUGCUGACAAUCGGUCUUGCGUUCCUCCUGUAG